GGAGGAGGAUUUUAGAGGCCGGUUUAACAGUUGCGUUGGUCGCUCGCUUCAGAUGGGACCGCGCGACAGGACAGAUGAGAAACUGCUUCCAUCUGGAAACGCAGGGAGAGAAGGAGGGUUGACUCGACACAGUCACCGGCGGUAGACACACACACAUCCUGCUUGCGUUACAUCGCACCGGUCAUCAUCAUCAUUCCGACUGCUGGAGCAGCAGAGCGAACGCGCGCGCAGAGCAGCUGCACCUGACUGAUCGUGGACAUAGCUCCGUUUUACUUCACCAGUCUCCAUUUAACAGUUGCCCUCGGUACUUACUUGAAGAAGGAAGAAGAAGAAAAAAAGUAAAUCGAGCGGGUCUUUAUGUUUUGCUUCAAUCCAGGGAGAGGACUUUGGCACGGAGGACACUGCGUCUGGAGUGCUAACACACAGACUGCUCUUGUUGGAUGUUGAUUGUUGAUCAAAGAGAAGAAGUGGCAGCGUUUAGCCGCUGCUGGGACCAUCACUGGACAACUGGUGUCGUCUUUGAAAGUGUUCGAAGAAUCGGAGCAGAAGAACGAGUGGAAAAGCAUGACUUUGUGAUGGAUCUCAGAAGUCAAGUCCAGUGAGGUCUCCUUCUGUCCCCCUCGACCCCUUUAGAGACCACACCUUCCAGUGGACCCCAUUUCAAGGAUUCUCUCUGGAUUUUGAUACGCACAGGAGGAAGGCCCAGAGGAAGUGGACAGUGUGGGCAGGAUGUGGGAGGGACUGAGACAGCAGGUGUUCUUCUUGUGUUUGGGGGCCGCACUAUGGAGCGCUGUAGCAGCAGCGACAUACAGGGUCUCAGGGCCACGGGAGCGUGGCCACCGCCGCCAUCUCUCUUUACACAGACACAGGGAGAGAGGCAAAGAAGGCCAGGUGCUUCACCGCUCCAAACGGGGCUGGGUCUGGAACCAGUUCUUUGUAAUUGAGGAGUACACAGGCCCCGAUCCCGUCUUAGUAGGUCGGCUUCAUUCGGAUGUAGAUUCAGGAGAUGGGAACAUUAAAUACAUCCUUUCAGGGGAGGGAGCAGGCACUAUUUUUGUCAUUGAUGACAAAACGGGCAACAUUCAUGCCACAAAGACACUGGACAGAGAAGAGCAGGCCCAGUACACCCUGACCGCCCAGGCAGUGGCUCGAGACACCAACAAACCCCUCGAACCUCCCUCAGAAUUCAUUGUCAAGGUGCAGGACAUCAACGACAAUCCGCCGGAGUUCCUUCACGCCCCUUACUAUGCACGAGUGGCUGAGAUGUCCAAUGUUGGUACUUCAGUGAUAAAGGUCACAGCUACAGACGCAGAUGAUCCUACAUACGGCAACAGCGCCAGGCUGGUCUACAGCAUCCUGCAGGGCCAGCCUUAUUUUUCUGUGGAGCCACAAACAGGAAUCAUUCGAACUGCUCUCCCCAACAUGGACAGGGAGGCCAGGCAAGAAUACGAUGUUGUAAUCCAGGCCAAGGACAUGGGUGGACACAUGGGUGGUCUGUCAGGAACCACUCAGGUUAAAAUCACCCUGACUGAUGUCAAUGACAAUCCUCCAAAGUUCGCUCAGGGUGUUUACGCCAUGGCGGUUUCAGAGGACAAGGUUCCUGGCGAGGAGGUGGGUCGACUGAAGGCCAAAGACCCCGAUCUGGCAGAGAACGGACUGGUGGAUUAUCGAAUCUUAGAGGGAGACGGCAUGAACCUUUUCGAGAUCACCAAGGACUCGGAGACCCAGGAGGCAGUCAUCAAACUAAAGAAGACUGUGGACUUUGAGACCAAGCGAUCAUACACACUGAAGGUAGAAGCCUCCAACCCACACGUGGACUCCCGUUUCAUUGCCUGGGGUCCAUACAGAGAUACUACCAUUGUGAAAAUUUCAGUAGAAGAUGCAGACGAGCCCCCGACAUUCAUGGCUCCCGGCUAUAACUUUGAGGUGGAGGAAAACGCCCCAGCAGGCACUCUGGUCGGCCGCGUGCAUGCCAAAGACACCGACAUCAUGAACAACCCAAUCAGAUAUAUGAUCCCACGCUACACGGACUUGGAAGAGUUUUUCAUCAUUAAUCCUGAAGACGGCAUUAUUAAGACCACAAGGCCUUUAGAUCGGGAAACACAAGCUUGGCACAACAUCUCCGUCAGCGCUACAGAGAUUGGUGGCCAUCACCAAGAUGCAAAAGUACGAGUCAAUAUCAAAGUCAAAGAUGUGAAUGACAAUGCUCCAGAAUUCGCAGCUCAAAAUGAAGUGCUUGUCUGUGAGAAUGCCAGCCCUGGAAAGCUCAUUGAGACAGUUAGUGCUACGGAUAAGGAUGAAAUGGCCCACCGCCAGCACUUCCACUUCAGACUGGCCCCUGAGGUCGCUAACAACCACAGUUUCUCCGUCAAGGACAACAGAGAUAGCACCGCUAGCAUCAUUGUGAUCCGGAAGGGCUUCAGCAGAAUGACCCAGGAUGUGUAUCACCUUCCCAUUGAGAUCAAUGACAAUGGUGUACCCCCGAUGAGCAGCACCAAUACUCUUAUAAUCCGUGUGUGCAGCUGCGACAGCAAAGACACCAUCCUCUCCUGCAAUGUCGAACCUUUCAUCCUCUCUGCAGGGCUCAGCACCGGAGCUCUGAUUGCCAUCUUGGCCUGUAUUGUUAUUCUACUAGCGAUCGUGGUGCUGUUUGUGGCCCUGCGACGCCAGAAAAAGGAGCCUUUGAUCGUAUUUGAGGAGGAAGACAUUCGGGAGAACAUCAUCACCUAUGAUGACGAGGGAGGUGGCGAGGAGGACACAGAGGCAUUUGACAUCGCCACCUUACAGAAUCCAGACGGUGCCAACGGCUUCCUGCCCCGUAAGGACAUCAAGCCCGAGCUUCAAUAUCCGAUGUGCACUAGGCCCAUUGGCAACAGUGUAGACGUGGAUGAUUUCAUCAAAACGCGGAUUUCUGACGCGGAUAAUGACCCCACAGCACCCCCGUAUGACUCCAUUCAGAUCUACGGUUAUGAAGGUAGAGGCUCUGUCGCCGGCUCUCUGAGUUCCUUGGAGUCGGUGACCACAGAUUCAGACCUGGACUACGACUACCUUCAAAGCUGGGGGCCGCGCUUCAAGAAACUUGCCGAUCUUUACGGCACCAAAGACUCGGCUGAUGACAACUCUUAACAUUUGCUCAAAUAAGUCCUUUUUCAUCUCCUUCCACCCAGCCCUCAUCCACUAACUGUGUGUUUUGUGAAGUUUACUAUAAGUAUUCCAUGAGUUUUUAACUUUAUAGUAAACUUUAGUUUUUUUGUAAGUAUACGCGCAGUAUACUAUAUGCUGGGAGUGUCAUUGGUAUAUUCACAAUGUGCUGUGGGGGAGUCAGAAGUUUAGAUAUUAUUAUUAUUAUUAUUAUUAUUAUUAUUAUUAUUAUUAUUAUUAUUAUUAUUAUUAUUAUUAUAUUUUUUUUCCAAAAACAACAACAAAAAAGAUUAAAGACACAUCUGUGGUGGACGUGUCACUGUAGUGUGUAUGAAAUAAGGAAACGUGGCAAAGUUGUUUAAGAACUGAAGAACAUUACGUUUCACUUUUGAUGUUUGUAGGUUCUUACAGGUUUGAGGUUAUGGAUGUGGAUCACAGAGAGUCAUGGAUUUGCUGAUACUGUGAACGAGCUCACGAAGAAAUAAAAACAAAAACAGUUGCCUUAUUAAUAAUCUGGAGUGAACGUCAGCAAAUUAAGUCUUCUGUAACUUCUGUAGCGCCUCCAUAUUGUCUUUGGAGAUAUUGUCCAAACAGGUCCUUUUAUUUAUUUUAUUUUGUUUUGUUUAUAUAUAUAUAUAUAUAUAUAUAUAUAUAUAUAUAUAUAUAUAUAUAUAUACACACACACAUUUGGAAGCAGAUGGAUCCCGCAAAAAAAUGGUGUUUCUGUCAUCUAGAAUAAAAGGAAAAGAAAAAAAGCCCAGUUCCAUCUACGAACAAACACAAAGAAAGACCUGUGAUCUCAAAAAUCGCCUUAAAUAAUGGACACUCUUGCAACGCAGUGCUUUUUUUCUUUUUUUUUUUUUGUAACUUGAAAGCUAUAUCCUAAAGCAAGCUAAAGUCCUUAUAACGUAUGUACAGUACAAUGUGCAAAAUAUGUCUCUUGAGGAUCAAUCUUACA